AUGUCAGGGAGUAUUGGGAUCCUAGGUGUCGACAUCUCCAGUGACGUCCAAUUCCGUAGCCACCUGGAAGUUCCCUCAUUAGAAGAACAAAUCCACCUCUUCAACCCGUCAAGAUUAUCCGAUCUCCCCAAUGUGCACACCGGGGCCAAGUGUAAACCCGGAAAGUUAUACCGCGCGGAUUGCAACAAAUGCAUUUGCACCAAAUACGAGAGUCUGUUGUGCGAGAAACUGCUAUGUCCGAACUAUGAAGAAACUUAUAAACUUCAGGCUCAGGAAAUGUCUGGCUACAAAACGCUCGUGAUACUAUUCAACGUCCAUGAUCAUGCUUUCCAACGUCCAACGUUCAGUAAUCGAGUGACUGCUCGCAACACGCGCUGUGUUGUGUGUGACUGCGCGGGCGUGAUCAAAGCGGGUCGCGCGCGCGGCGCGCCGGCGGGCCGCUGCGUCCAAGCGCAGAUCGCGCGCGCGACGCGCUCGCGUCACGCUCGCAUCGCGCCCCGCUCACGCCGUGCUUUGAAAACGCUCAUGUCUGACGGAGCCUUUACUAAGACUCCACUGCCCAACAGACCGCCAUGUAUUUGCACGGCUAAGGGCGAACAACUCUGUUCAUCAUCAUUAAUUCUCGUCGGAGCUCCGAAGAAGAGGAUCAGGCCCUUAGAGCAAGCGUUUUCGGACCCACACAGCGGGAAGAAGUGUACGCCUGGUGUGGUUUAUAAAAAAGAAUGCAACACUUGCUCAUGUUCAAAAAAACAACUUCUCCGCUGCACAACAAUGACGUGUCUCAGCGAAGACGAGGCAUUAAAACUUUUCAUAGGAAGUCGCAGGCCUCGCAAACAUCGCCGUCGGCCUCAAGAAAAAACGGUUCGCCCGCCAAAACGAACUGAAGGGCAGGUAACUUUCUUGGGCUCAAGUCCCAAGGAGCAACCUGGAACGAGUAGGCCUCUAAAAGUUCGCCAUCCUCGGCUUCUCAAAGAAAAAACGGUUCGUCCUCCAAAACGAGUUGAAGGACGGACACCAUUCUUGGACGCACAUUUCUUGGACUCAAGUGCCGAGGAUGAGCCUAGAACGAGUAGGCCUCGCAAGCCUCAUCGACCUCUUCAAGAAAAAACGGUUCAUCCGCCAAUGCACUCAAGUGCUGAGGAGCAACCUGGAACUAAUAGGCCUCGAAGAUUAUCUAAAAAGGUCAAAGAAUUCGAUAAAGCGUUUCUAGAUGGCAAAAAGUGUGAACCUCAUGUAGUAUAUCGAAAACGAUGCUCCGGCCCGGUCCGGUCUAACGUGAGUCAUCCUUUAUUUGACUCGAGUGUUAAAAGGGCAGUUAAAAUUAGCAUUACAUAUACAACAAUGGAUAGGAAACCACGUAUUCUAAUACUUAUAACUUUGUAUUGUAUUUCUUCAACAGAAGCAGUUUUUUCUCAAAAUAAGUAUAUUAGAACUGAAAUCAAUGAUGGCGAAGUAUGCGUCAAAGGACAGUUAUACAGGAAGGACUGUAAUACUUGCCACUGCAUCGGCUCGCAUUUAGUGUGUACCAAAAUGGGAUGUUUGAGACACGCCAAAGGAAGGACAUCCAACGAGGACCAACGGAACAGUAACGAACAAGUCUGCGUCCCGGGGAAGUUCUAUAAGGAUGGGUGUAAAAGAUGCUUCUGUAGUGAGGAGAAGCGGCUGCUAUGUGGUCCUAUAGACUGCAAUACAGUUAGUAAACUCCCAACAACGCACGAGGCCAUCCAUUCUCACAGUAAAUAUUCCCCCUCACAACAACACGAGCUUCCUAUUCUGAAGCAUAGAUCCUCCGAAUGUACCCCCGGAUCGUCUUAUCGACUCGACUGCAACACCUGUCUCUGUCUUGCCAACGGGAACCUGCAGUGUGGACAGAUGCUCUGUCCUAGUCAUGAUGAUUUGCACAUAGUUAAAGCGAAAGCUUUGUCAGGCCAACCAUGCGACGACCUUGACAUUAUAGAUAAAAAUCUGGAAUGCGUGCUAUGUCAAUGCGUAGGCGGCACCAAUGUAUGCCACGCUAAACCCAACUGUGAGCCGGCCAAGAAACAUGAACCGAUCGAGGAGAACUCAGGGAAAGAAUGCACCCCGGGGAUGAUAUACAAGCGAGCCUGCAACAAGUGUUUGUGCACAGAAACCCACAGUCUCCGAUGCACAAUGAAGAGUUGCCUCAGCAAAGCGCAAGCCAGCCGUGCUCACAUGAUACGGAAGGCCUGGGUGGACUAUACAUUGCGGAAGGCAGGGAAGAAAACUUAAUUUUAUUAUUAAGAUUUUGUUAAUAAAUGAGCAUAACUAGUUUUGCAUUACGUCUA